UGCAACAUGGCUUGACUCGAUAUGUCUGCAUAAUUGCCUGGCGCGUUGACCACUCGAAGGUUUUCGGUGGCCAGCACUAACGCGCUGUACUUGCCGAUGCGCAACCGCAUCGUGAUCCCGGCCACGGUGCUGCGGCUGCCCAUGUUCUCGUCGGACGCACCCAAGGCGUUCACCUACGGCGGACUAGGCGCCGUCUUGGGACACGAGAUGACGCACGCAUUCGACCCCGUAGGCAGCAUGUGGGACGCCCGAGGCCGCAAGCGGGACUGGUGGACGGCCAGCUCGAGGCAGCUGUACGACGGCCGCCUCGGCUGCCUGCGCCUCUCGCACGGAACGGCGCAGAGCGAUGCUGACUCGGAGAACAUGGCCGACUUCGCCGGCCUGGUGUCGUCAUACAACGCCUACGCGAACCUAGGCGACAAGCAGAUGCUCAAGGAGCUGCCGUACGACGCCGAGCAGCUCUUCUUCAUCUCGUCGUGCGUCAAGUGGUGUGCCGUCGAUCGUGCCGGAUACUCGAAGCGCUACGCACCCUGGUGGGACCGCUGCAACGUGCCGCUCAAGAACAUGGAGGAGUUCGCGGAGGCCUUUCAAUGCGCCGAGGGAUCGGCCAUGCGGCCCGCACGGCGCUGCGCCUUCUGGUAGACGGCGUCCAUUAAAGCUCCCGUAGCAUUUACCCCUUCGCAGCCUUUCUUUCGUUUUGCAGCGAAUAGCUGUCUUUCGCACCUUUUCGUGGCUGGACUUUCUCCGCGGAAUUCCAACUAGCUCUUGAGAGGCAACCACGUGCACGCGGUUUUCAAGCGACAGGCUGACCUUGUAGAGUUACUAACUCUCGAGCAAAAGCCGAACGAGAAACGUGACUACUGCAAAGGCACCGCUAUGUUGCUACGGCUCAUUUUUGUAACACUAAAAGCAUUAUUAACGUUU